CCGGGUCUCCCUGAGCCACUGUUGGCAAACCUAUCCAAGAUUGCUCAUACCAGGAUUGGCCUUCGUAUUUACCUAUUCCAGGAUUACCCUUUCCAUUUACCCUCCACUCAUCCCACGAUUACCCUCCUCAUUUACCUUCCCCUUUCCAUUUACACUCUACUCAUCCCAGGGUUACCCUGACCAAUUACCUUCCAGUCCCAAGAUAACUCUUUCCACCUUCCCUCCAUUCAUCCCAGGAUUACCCUUUCAAUUUACCCUCUGCUCGUCCCUGGAUUACCCUGACCUCGUUCACACCUCUCCAGCCAGCAGAUAUCAAUGGGACACCUGCUCACCUGAGUUUCUGCCUUAAUAUCAUACGGUAUUCAUUUGAUGGAGAUGAGCGAGAGCAGUACUUAUGAGAGGGAGCGUCAGUUUUCAAAAAGCUUUAUUCAGACAGACACCCCUGGAGCCCUUCACCAUAUACAAAUAAAAGGAUGGAUCUCUGCAGGCGGCCCAGAAAUAUGUACAGAACAGACCAACCAACAAAAAAAUCACUGCAAUUUGACUAUGGAAACGGAGAGGCCUGAUGGAUAUGUAACUAGUGAUAAUGAGAUUGUGCCCGAGAGGGAACACUCCAACAUGGCCAUAGACCUGACCUCCUACACCCCUAAUGGGCAGCAUUCGUCCCCUACGCACAUGGCAAGCACAAACUCCGUGAAGCUCGAGAUGCAGAGUGAAGAGGAAGGAGAUAGAAAGCCCCUUCGCCGAGACACUCCAAUGAGACUACAGGAAGAGGAGAGCGUGGAUGAGUCAAUGGCUGAAACCAAUGGGAUCUCUGACUCAUGCAUCAAACAGGAUCUGUCCUUUGACGGUGGCAUCCGACUUCCGAAUGGUAAACUGGAAUGUGACGUCUGUGGCAUGGUUUGCAUUGGCCCCAAUGUGCUAAUGGUCCACAAGAGGAGUCACACGGGUGAGCGUCCAUUCCACUGUAAUCAGUGUGGGGCAUCUUUCACACAGAAGGGCAACCUUCUACGGCACAUAAAACUGCACUCGGGAGAGAAACCUUUCAAAUGUCCAUUUUGCAGCUAUGCAUGUCGAAGAAGAGAUGCACUUACGGGGCACCUUAGGACACACUCUGUGGGAAAACCUCACAAGUGCAACUUCUGUGGUCGUAGCUACAAGCAGAGGAGCUCCCUAGAGGAACAUAAAGAAAGAUGUCACAACUACUUGCAGAAUGUAGGCUUGGAAGCCGGACAAGGCAUGGGACAACAUGCAUCUCCUAUGGACGAGAGUAAGAAUCCAGAGACCCUGAUGGAAAACAACAUGUAUCUGAUGCCCUUUGAGAGACCGGCUGUCAUAGAGAGACUUGCCAGCACCAUGGGGAAGCGUAAGAGCUCUACCCCACAGAAGUUUGUGGGUGAAAAACUCAUGCGAUUUGGAUAUCCUGACCUCCACUUUGACAUGAAUAUGGCUUAUAAGAAAGAAGCAGAGUUAAUUCAAUCUCAGGUGAUGGACCAGGCUAUCAACAAUGCCUUCACCUACCUAGGAGCAGAUGCAUUGCGACCCCUGAUACACCACUCCACUUCAGCUAUGUCAGAUGUCCCCCCGGUUAUCAGCUCAGUUUACUCUCAGGUCUACCAUCCAGGCAGGGUGGAGAGACCCACCAGCAGGGAAACAUCAGACAGCAAUGACAAUAACAUGGAUGGCCCUAUCUCCCUUAUCAGACCAAAGAGUCAUCCCCAAGAGAGAGAGGCAUCUCCCAGCAACAGCUGCCUGGACACCACCGACUCAGAGAGUAUCCACGAGGACCGGCAGUCCUACCAAGGGAACCAUGCCUUAAAUUCCAAGAGAAAGCAGAGUCCGGUGUAUUCUAAAGAGGAUGGCAAAGCACUUGAUGCCACAAAAUCUAACCUAGGCUCCUCCAAGGAUGUCUAUAGAGUCUUUAACAGCGAAGGGGAGCAGAUUAGAGCCUUCAAAUGUGAGCACUGUCGGGUGCUUUUUCUAGACCAUGUCAUGUACACCAUCCACAUGGGCUGUCAUGGUUACCGUGACCCAUUGGAAUGCAACAUCUGUGGUCACAGGAGCCAGGACCGUUAUGAAUUCUCUUCGCACAUUGUACGCGGGGAGCAUCCAUUUCACUAGCUCAAUUACGUGAAAGGUUCUUUUGAAGUAGACUGCACAUGAAGAAAUACUGCACUUAAUACUCCCACUUUUCCUCAGACUUUAGUCACACUGAAAGGAUUUACUUUAGGUGGAAUUUUUUAAAUUUCAAAUUUAUGUAACAUUUUUAUUUUUCUUUAAUUUCUCCGACAAACUGUCUUAGCCUCCCAAGAAAGAUGAGAAAAAAGAGAAUUAAAUGGCUGUACUUGCUUAGCCAAAAUAUUAACUUUCCAUGGAUUUAUUAGCAAAUUACUAAAGCACUGUGAGUGGUUUAUAAAAUAAUAAUUAUUGUAAUAAGAAUAAUAUAUUUACAAUCAUCGACCAUAAGAUAUGUAGGGAUUCUAGGGCUUACAUAUAUGUUAGCUUGGACGAUACAGGGAUCAUGGGAAACAUAGUUAUCCAGUAUCUCAAAAAUGAUUAUUAAUUUAUAACAUGCAAAAAUAGUUUAUGCUUAUCUUUUUUUUUUUUUUUUUUUUUUUUUAGUGAUUCGUAUGCAUGUGACUAAAUUUCAAAGAGAUUUAAAGGUGCUUAAUAAUCUGUUUUGGAUUAAAUCGGGAAGCUCGGCAGAUCUUGUACGUCUAUGUGUUGUUUGCUAGUUGCAUAGUUGCUAGUGUAGAAGUUUGGUAUACAGUUGCACAAUAGACUGCAAGUUAAUAUUUUCUGAUGAGAAAUCAGUGAACUGCCCUGUUUCUGAGAAUUUUCAUUAAUGUAAUCUGGAGUUCUGUUUUUCUGUUUACGGCUUUCUUGGGGAUUUUUUUUGUUGUUACCUUUUUAAAACUCAAGUGACUCUCCAUCCACUAGACAUGAAGUUUAACUACAUUGGCAAACAACUUGUGAAAUAUAGGCUCCAAUUGUUGAUAUGGAAAAACCACUGUAAUAGAACAUGAACUCGUGGAUUAGCAAAUAAAUCCCAAUGUAUAAUUGGUACUUAUUCAGACCUUUACAUGAAGCCUUAGGUUUCAUGUGUCAUACAGUAAGUCAACAUACAUAUAAAACUGGUGAGUGGACCACAGCGCUGUGGAAAUAAAAACACAUUAUUAAACUUUGGCCAAUUUGCUUUUCCCAAGGGAAGGUACAUAGACUACUCUAUUCAGCAAAAAAAUGUACAAAUAGAAUAGACAAACUGUUACCUUUACAAAGUGUCAAAUCCUAGUAUAUACUUAAAGGAUUUUGAGAUGAAAGGAUAAAAGAUUUCAGUACUGUGCUAGGACAAUAGGAUAUAUGUUCACCUGCCACUAUAACCAUAAGUAACAAAUGGAGUAUAUUCAACUUACUACAAACUGAUCAUCGUAGGCAAACCAUUGGCAAAUUGUGACCUAACACUGUCCAUCUUUUUCUCUAUUUUGCUUCCCCUUCCUUUAAGUGCGAUGUGCAUAAAGGAACAUGUAAAUCCAAUGUAUAGCCUAAAAAUACCCUUUUGUGUUUUUUAAGAAUGUGUGCAAUACUGCAGAAAUAUUAAGGAAAAAGUAAAAAUGUUACUUGUAGAAUCAUAAAAAAUAUGAAUACUCAUCUAUUAGACCCUUCACUACCAAAAUUGUAUAUAUGCAGUGUUUACUUUUAUUUCCACUGCACUUUUAAAAUUCUUAGUGCUCCAGAUGAAUGUUCCCGUACUGUAAGACAGUAUUACUCUUUAACAGUAAGACGUUUGGGAACUCUGUUCCCUGUGUAAAUAUAGUAAGGGAACGGAGUUCCUUUCAGACCUACUCGACUAGAACCCUGCUAUGCAGCAAGUGACUUUUGAGCCAGUUUACAAUAUCUUGAGUCAAAUAUUUUAUUUAGAAUAAAAACUAUUUCUAAAUCAAUUUACAUUUAGUGUACAUUUGCAAGGUAGUUUUCAGGCCACUUAAACUUGCUAUUAUGUGGAUAACUGUUUAAACCAUAUUUCCUAACAUUUUGCACCUGGUAUACAGAUGUUAAAUUUUCUAGCAUAAAUUGGUUGGAAGUUGCUCCAAAUUCACCAUACAUCUGCCUGCUCUCAGGUGACAUACUUAUUUUUUUAAAAAGUUUUCCUGGGUUAUGGUUUGCAGACUUUUCCUGAACGAAUAUUUUUCACGACUUUGUUGACUUCAAAACACCACUCAUUUUAUGUCAUCUUUCAAACUCUGUAACACAAACUGUACCAGGAAUCAAGUGUAGAACAUCAAAAGACUGCAGGUGGCUUAACUUUAUUGCACUCAACUGUAAAUUGGUUUUAGUCGUUAAACCUGGUAUUGAUGGGAAUUGAUAAGGGCAUUGCAAGCUCUAGGACCAGAUAGCCAAUACCUUGUCAGGACAAGUGGGCAGGGUCAUCUUGGAUGUGUGUCCGUGACCCAGAUUGCCACACUGACAUGCCCACUUCUGUCCCUACUGCAGCCCCUAUAUAGUGCAUAUAUUUGGCAGAAAUUACACAGAAUCAGUUUUGAGAAAAAUGGACAAGGCUUUUCUGAUCCUAGAAAAAUGGAAAAGCCCCUGAACCUGUUUCGAUGGGCCUGGGGUCCAAAAAUGUAACUGUCCCCAAAAAUGUGUGAAUGUAUCCAUUGUUAGAUGAAUUUGCAAUGCUACUGAACUGCAUGUUACGUGGUUACUCCAAGCAUUAUAACCACUAAAGCACAAUGUAGUGCUUAUGAUACCAGGAGUAUCCUGGCCCAAUUCCCCAGUUAUGGUGUAAAUCAUUUAAUAACAGUUUGCCCUCUAACUUUCACAGGGUUUCGAGCCUUCUGAAAUGACCAGAUGACUUAUCUCUGGCUUCUGCAGAACUCGGAAGCCAAUACAGUCACCAUUCAUUGACUGAGCGCAUCAACUGACCGUUGUCAAUGUAUGAAACACUGGGGGAAUACAUUUGCACAGACUUGACAUUAGCCAGCCCGGAACUCUGGUUCCAGGCUGGCUGAUGACACUCCAUGAUGCUGCCAGGGGUGGAGUUACACCGCCAGCAGAUAAGGGGUUAAACUCAGCAUCUGGAGCCUUUCACAGCGAAACGCUGCACACACAGGCUCUAGGCAUAACCCUUUAAAUGAGCAAAGCACACCUAUUGCUAAGCACCUUUCGAUUUCAAUUUUUUUUUUAACUUCCAACACUGAACCUAUUAUACAAAGCUCGUACUUGGAUCUUAUUACUGUUACAAAACUGUAAAUCUAAAUUAUUCCAGUUUUCUCCACGUUAAUCUAAAAUCUCAAUUGCAAUGAAUAUAUUUCUUGUACAGUUAUUUGUGUAAGAAUCAUUUUAUUAUAUAUAUAAUUAUGUACAAAAUGAAUCCUAAAUAGUUUUAUAUUUAGAAAAGAUAAAAUUUCUAGCUCCAGUGAAAUGUUUACCCUUAUCCAUUUUUCUCAUCAAAAUUCUUCCUCUAUAUUCCAAAAGCAUAAAAAAAACAAAACAAAAAAAAAACUGUUAUAGAUAUAGAUUUUGGAUAAAUGCAAAACAUUAAGCAGCAAAAUAAAACAGGUUUUAUAUAUUCAGCUAUAUUGGUUUAUUUAUUUAUAUACAUAGAUAUUGAUUUGGAACUAGAACUAAAAAUCUUGUCUUGAUUUUGCUUUGUCAUAUAAAUAAUAUUGAAUUACUUCAAUAUAACCUAAAUUAUUAUUAUUAUUAUUACUGCUAUUUAUAAAGCGACCAGAUACUCUGCAGUGCUCUACAGUCGGUGAAAAUAGACAGUACAGUAUAGACAAACUGAUAUAAAAGGAAUGUGAUUUGAGAUCUUGCAUAAGCAAGCCAUUAUAUAAAGUACUAAAUUAGAUAAUAACAAUAUGUUCUAUAUAGCCAUUCAUGGUUAUUUACUAGAAUAGGAUUUGUGGGGAAUUCAAAGU